UCGUGAUUGAAGCCGUGGGAAGCGGUGGAGAUGGGAGCUUUUUAGCUGCCUCCAGUGUAAAUGAAGAAAGGAUGUGGUAUCCAAAACCGGUCCGAAGAAGCCGGAUGCGGGAGCUCAGCCAAGUUGGCGCUAUAGAAGACUUCUGCUCCAUCGCGGCGCCACGGACCGCGGCAAUGGAGUCCGACACCGAGCGAGCCGUCCCCAACCUCUCUCUCGCCUCUAGCCCUAGCGGCCACCUCCAGCAACAGCAACCGCUUCGGCUAGUCAAGUCCACGGCGUUCAAGCGGGAGGAGCGCCGCAAGCGCAAGGACCGCAAGCGGCAGGAGCGCCUCGCUGACGAGCUCGCGCGGUGGCAACCUCUCGGCGCCCCGCCGCCCCUCCCGGCCGCCACCGGAUCCACGUCCCCAUCCCGAGCGCAGCCCGAUACGCCUUGGCCCUGUGACCCGCCGCCGCCUCCAGACCUGGCGGAAGCAGACUCCUGGAGCUGGGGCCCGCCCGCCAUACCCUCGCCGACGCCGCCGCAGCCCACAGUCGAAGUGGCGGCCGCGGUCCCCUUGCACCCUCAGGCCGUCGCUGUAAGGUCCUGCCGCGCGUUCUUCGCAUCGCAGAUCGAAGAUGACGAGGAGGAGGAGGAGAACGGGGGCAAUGCGGCUCGAUUCUUCAGCGAGCUGCUGGGCAGUGACGCGGCGCUGAGGGGGUUCUACGAGGCGGAGCGGGACAAGGGGCAGUUCCUGUGCCUGGUGUGCGAGGGGAGCGGCGCCAGGGCGGGCAAGAGGUUUGCCGGAUGCGCCGCGCUCGUGCAGCACGCCGGGUCGAUUGCCCGGACCAAGAGGAGGCUGGCACACCGCGUGUUCGCCGACGCAGUCAGCCUGCUGCUCGGAUGGGGCGCAGGCCGGAUCGCUCCUCCCGCGGCAGACAAUGACAGCGAUGGCGCUCCUGAUCAAGUUGAUCACGUAGAAAUAGAGCUGUCGUGAGUCGUGAUUCCUGAUGACUGCAGUCUAAGGCAACAAGCUUUUUGUUGUUUUCUCAUAACUACGUGUUUUUAGAGUGGAGACUAAACAGUGUGUAGCAUGGUUCAAUCAUCUUGACCUUAAUAAUCAUCACAUUGCUUCGUAUCUGAUUCUAUCUCGACCUGAUGGGUUGCUGCUUUGCUGGUUUACUCCUGGUCUAUUGUUGGUUUGCAUUUUUUAGAACUUCGUGAAUUCUCAUGAAAAUGUAUUUCGGGCUUUUGAAACAAA